CUACCCGCAAAAGUCAAAACCGGGAGAGCGUGGAGGGGACGAGCGGCAAAGAAAUGGAAAUACUUUAUCUCUUGUGCUCCAUCUUCUGUGCUCUCCUUACUUCUCUUCUUCUCUCCAUCCUCCUUCCCUUUCUGACGUUACUGCGGCGGCUCCGGCACUGGCUCCGGCACUCUUCCCCUGCCAUUGCUCUAUGUCCGCCCGUUUCUCUAUACCAAGGUACCGUCUGGCACCAACGCCGGCUUCCCGUCCACCACUCCUUCCGCUAUAAUGUUCGCUACGCCCUCAUUGACCUUGAUCGUUCCCCUCACUCGCCGCCCGACCAUCUCUCCGCCGACGAAGCCCGCCAAAUUACAGAUACCACUGGCUCCGUUUUGCUCUUGACAAUACCUCCGAGCGUGGGAUAUGAACAAAAUCCCCUGAGUUUGUAUUAUUGCUAUGAUGUUGAAGGUUCUUCUAGGCGUCUGAAGAAGUGCAUUGCUGAGGUCACAAACACGCCAUGGGGGGAGAGAGUGUCUUUUAUUUUUAAUCCAGAGUCUGAUCUAGUGGCCAAAGCCUUACAUGUCAGUCCAUUUAUGGAUAUGCUUGGGAGUUGGAAUAUUAGAGCAAGUGAUCCUGGAGACAAUUUAACUGUCGCAAUCUCAGUUCAUCACCCUGAGCUUGGCUGCUACUUUACGGCCUCUCUAAAAGCCAAAAAAUUGGGCCCCGGUGAAGAGCCUGAUCAUUCAGUUUUCUUCUGGUUGAUGCCUCAUAAGGUUGCAGUUUGGAUCUAUUGGCAUGCUUUGAAGCUGUGGUGGAAAAAUGUGCGGUUUGUCCAGCAUCCUCGGUAUACCGUUCCCACAUACAGGGAAGAAGCUUUAAUACGUGACCAAAAACUUCAGUGCUGCGGCACAAUGGGAUUUAAUGAUGCAAAUAAAAACAUACCCCGGAGAGGAACAGAGCAGGGUAACUCAGCUGAUAUAAGUUAUAGUAAUCGGUGGUUCAAAUGGAGGGAUGCAAAGUGGCCGUGGUCGUAAACAUGGAUAAUGAACUUUUGCUUUCCUAUUGUUCCUCGUGCUGCUAGGCUGCUAAUGAAAUUUGGUUGCGAUGACAAACACAUUUAUGUUGUAACAAUGUUGAUGAUGAAGAUAAUAAUUUGUCGUAUUGAUUGUGUA